AUGAGUCAGAUACCAGGAAAGGACUUAAAUGGAACAACUGCCCAAAGUCAAGAUCUGGCUCCUUGGACAACCUGUGGAAGAAAUUUUGCACAAGAUGUUCUGCUGAGACAUGAUCCAAUAUGCAAUAAAGUCUAAAAGAAGCACAAGACUUUCAGCUCUUUGAAACAGAGACUGCAGGGAACAGAAAUCACCACUGUGAAGAAGCAGUUCCCGCAAAAGAAACAACCAGCAAAGAACUAUAACUGGAGGCAGCACCAUGAGGAUUUUAUUAAUGCUAUUCAAUCAGCCAAGCAGGUCACAAGAGCUCUGAAGGAAGGACACCCUCUUCUGCCUCUUCCACCAAGUAUCAGUUCAGACUAGAUUCAGUGUCCUCACUGCUCACAAAUGUUUAAUGAGGCUGCAGCAAAGAGGCACAUGAAGUUUUGUGAAGAACAAGGUGCCCACCGUGCCUUUGCUGCAAAGACCACUGGACAGGCUUUGGGCAAGCAACCAGUGACUCAGAGAAAACCCCCAACCUUAAAAGCUGCUGUGUUAUCGCUUCAGAAUAGAAUACAAGAAGGUGCCAAUACAGACAAACCUAUGCCAGAGACAUCUCCAGGAAUACUGCAGAAAUCCAGAAAAUCUCUGGGUGUAUCUACUGGAAAAAAUCUUCAGGAAAGUUUGGACCAUGCAGUCAGUGUUAUUCCCAUCUCAGACCACAUGGAGCCACGUCAGAGCAGCAAGAAGGCCUUCCAGCCCCUGCGUAAGGUGGUUGUGCUCUUGUGCGAGGGGGUGGCUCAGAUGAUCAGCAUCAGUGGUGGUCCUUCAACUGGAGCAUGUCCAGAGAAGGGCUACGAAGUUUAUUAA